UAAAAAUGAUAAUACCAGUUAUGCAGAUAAAACUGUUGUAUGCUCCCUUUCAAGAUGGCGGAAGAUGCGGAAAUGAAAACUCCUUCUUCAGUGAACACUGAAGAGGCAGAUGAUCUGACCACAGCAACAGUUAAGAUGGAGAUUCCAGGCUUCCAAGUUCAGUCAGGGAUCUUUGCCAAACCAAAGCCGAAGGCUGGCAAGUCAAAUGCAGAUGUGAAAUAUGAGUCCAUGAGUUUGGAACUAUCAGCUGAUGUGACUGCAGGCAGCAAGACCACCAAGUAUUUCUACAAGGUGAACAAACUACCUGGAGAGAUAGACCCUGAUAAGUCCACAGUUGAGUACAAGAAGGGGAUGAUAAUACUGAAGAUGGUAAAGCGUGACCUGACUUCGUGGGCGGUGAUGCUGAGAAACGGGCUUGACCAAGCCCCGGAUGACAGUCCUGAAAACUGACCAAUUGGAGUCAUCACAUUUGUAUUUAGUCUUGAUUACCUUGAAAUCACAAUACAGGAAACAUGAUGAUCUGUAUUAUUGUUAUUUUUAAUAGAGCUAAUUAUUUUAUAUUUGACUGAUAUGUUUCAGUAGUCUUUUUUUUAAAUAUUCUAUACUUUCUGAAUCAAUUGUUGAUGUUUAUUACUGAGUUUAUCUAAUAAAUUUUGAUAUUUUAUAACCCUCAAAAUUAUUGUAAAAUGUUAAAAGUGAAAUGUAAACAGUACGGAUUAAGACAUAUGGAUUAAUUAAUGCUUUCUCUUGAACAUGUUUUUAAGCUUAUAUUCUUUAGAAAACACUAGCAAUAAUCCAUUUCAAACACAUAUUUAAGAUCAAAUUGUCAGUUACUUGUUAAAGAAAUACAGUUACUCAACAUAGUAAGUUUCUUUUUUUCUCAUAUCAAUUUCCGAGUUAAAUUACCUGUGUGAUUUUACAAUAUGUGCAAUGUAUAUUACUUGUUUGUGUUUAGUAAUAAUAAUCUUUCAUUUUUUUCAGCUCGAGUGUGUAUAGGUUAGGUUGAACAAUCAACACAUCUUUUUUUAUAGACAUUUUAUUGACUAAUUACCUUUGUUUAUUCUAUCAUAAGUUGAAAUGGUGUGGUACUGUUACUGCUGAAUGUCUAUAUCAAGGUAGCUUUGUAUUUUAUGUGUCUUUUAUUCACAUCAUUAUGUCUGUCUUCUUUAUUGAUUAGCAGAUUUAUAUUUGCUUACACAUGAUUCGUUCAACUUGAUAAAAUGUUAAGUGUUCUUCUCUCAAAGGAGACAACUCAAGUAUUGGAAUCCAUUGUUAUAUUCGAGUAGUUUACCCUUAUCAAUUGCCCUUUCUGUAUUAAAUUGUUAGCAGUGUAUAUGAUUUUAUACUAUUAUAUCAAUUUUAUCAAUAAAAAAAUCAACGAG